AUGGUUUUACAGGAUAACGCCAUUUCUUAUGGCUCUGCAUUAGUUUUAUCGCUGCUCCUCCUCCUUCCUCUUCUUGCAAAGGGAUGUGAUAUGUUCACGGGUCAGUGGGUGAAGGAUGCUUCCUACCCUCUCUACGAUCCAUCCACGUGUCCAUUCAUAAGACGGCCGGAUCUCGACUGCCCUACCUUCAGAUGGCAACCACAGGGAUGCAAAUUAGCAUGGUUCAAUGGAGUAGAUUUUUUGCAGAAAAAUAGAGGGAAGAAGAUAAUGUUUGUAGGUGAUUCUCUUAGCCUAAAUCAAUGGCAGUCUUUGACAUGUAUGCUCCACUCUUCUGUUCCCAAGUCUCCCUAUACUAUGACCACAGAAGGCACUACUAUCUCAACCUUCACAUUCCAGGAGUAUGGAGUUGAAAUAAAGUUUGAUAGGAAUCCGUAUUUGGUAGAUAUAGUGAGUGAGAAGAUUGGGAGCGUGAUGAAGCUUGAUUCGAUCAACGAUGGAAAGAAUUGGUUAGGAAUGGAUACACUGAUUUUCAACACUUGGCAUUGGUGGAGCCGUAAAUCAUGGGAUUAUAUUCAAAUAGGAAGUAACGUCACAAAAGACAUGGACCGCAUGGCGGCAUUCGAAAUUGGAUCUCUAUGGGGUGAACCAGCUGCACAUAGUUGCGCGGGACAGACGGAACCACUUUGGGGGACAAAUUAUCCAGGAGGAUUGCCACCAGAAGUUGGAGUUUUGAAGAGAGCACUUGGGAAAAUUACCAAACCGGUGACUUUGCUAGACAUUACUAUGCUUUCAUUGCUUCGGAAAGAUGGUCACCCUUCCAUUUACGGUAUAGGCGGCCGAACCGGCAAUGACUGCAGCCACUGGUGUCUCUCUGGCGUACCAGAUACUUGGAAUGAGAUUCUUUACAAUUAUAUGCUUUAG